GGGUAUUUCCCGCCCUGUACCCAUUCCCCAGUCAAACAGGUUUUCCCCGAUUUGUUCGGUGCGGUAUCUCUACUCUUAGUCUGUUAGCCCAAUUGUAGCAAAAAAAAAGGUGAUCGUUGGGAGGAGGGUAGCCGCGCACGAGCAGUCCAAGCGAUUGAAGCGACUCAAGCGAGAAGACAGACGAGCAGAGUCAGCGACGCAGCGUCCUUCCGCGACCGCCACUCCGCCACCGGCCUCCGUCCCUCCGCCAAUCAGCCAUUAGGCUUUACCGUUAUCUCUACCGCCUCUACGCAUCUCACUGUCUCAGCCUCUGCAGCCCUCCAGUACACUAAAUCGGAGCAAUGAGGUUGGAAAAGUGUUGGUUUUGCUCAUCCACUAUAUACCCUGGCCACGGUAUUCAGUUUGUUCGGAAUGAUGCAAAGAUUUUUAGGUUCUGUAGAUCUAAAUGUCACAAGAACUUUAAGAUGAAGAGAAAUCCGCGCAAGGUCAAGUGGACUAAGGCCUAUAGGCGGUUGCAUGGAAAGGACAUGACACAGGACUCAACCUUUGAAUUUGAGAGGAAGCGAAACAGGCCCGAAAGAUACGACAAGAAUGUAACAGAGAACACUUUGAAGGCCAUUAAGAAAAUUGUUAAAGUCAGGAGUGAUAGGGAGGCUACUCAUCAGAAGAACAGGUUGAAAUCUAAGAAACCUAGGGUCCAGAAAGUAGAUGCAAAGGAACUUGCACAGAGUAUCCACAUGGUCAAAGCUCCUUCGGCAUUCCAAAAGGAUCCUUCACUCACCUUGCCAAUCAAGGUCAAGGUCUCACAACAGUCCAAAGAAAACCGCAUGGAGGAGUAACGUCUCUCUCUGCCAGUACUUGUCAUUACUCAUUGCAGACAUUGGGCAUUCAUUACUAUAUCUGAUCCUACUCCUUCCCUACUGUUAUUGUUGGUACCCUUUUUGUUUUAGGUGCUAAGAGUAUGAUAUCAUUAUAUUAUGUACUACAAGGAAAAAUGGUGUUUGAUCAACUUUGUCGGAGUACACCCUUGUUUUGGUUUUGGUAUGAUCAACGGUUAUAAAUCAUGAAUUUUUAUUCAUAUUUUUGAAAUUAUUUGUUAGUUUAGCAAAUUGUAUCAUAUGCAACUCUAAUUUUGCAAGUUACAUGGAAAAGUUAUGUAGAUUGCAGACAAAUUUACAAUCAUCUAUUCAAC